GAAACUUGCAACUCCAGCUAUUCACGAACGAACUAAGCAUGUCUGGUGUUUGGGUGUUCAAUAAUGGUGUUCUUCGACUAGUGGGGAAUGAUUCCUUUCAGGGUUCAUCCCGACGUAAGGUCCUGGUUCAUGUACCCACCAAUGAAUUGGUGACCUCCUAUGAUGUGCUCGAAAGAAUCUUGUCAUCAUGCGGAUGGGAAAGGUACUAUGAUGAUCCUGAUUUGUUGCAGUUUCACAAAAGAUUGACCACGCAUCUCAUUUCUCUCCCUAGGGACUUCAACAAGCUCAAAUCGAUGCAUAUGUAUGAUAUAGUCGUCAAGAACCGCAACAUGUUUGAAGUAAGAGAUAUGUACCUUAACUAGCCAAAUUGAAAUUAUAAUGUAUGAUAUCAUAAUAUUCGAGCAGAUGGAGCUCAAAUUGGUUUUAUUUGUUUCUUAGGGUUUAAGCGAAGCCAAUAUCAUGUUAGCUCAAGCGUUGUUUUUUGUAUAUAUUAUAUAUUGAUAUUCUGCGUAAUGAAAAUCAAGUUUAUGCGUGAC